AUGUCGCUGUCCGGGCUGCGCAAGCAGUUCAAUAAAGCCAAUCAGUACCUCAGCGAAACGAUGGGUGCUGCGGAGGCUACAAAGCUGGAUGACACGUUCAACAAUAUGGAAAAUAAAAUUGACGCCACGAACAAUUUGAUCACGGAGAUUGUCGUCAACACCAACGAGUACCUGCAGCCAAAUCCGGCCACCCGUGCACGAAUGGCCACGAUGGGCGCUGUAUCUAAACUACGAGGGACGACGAAGACAUCGCCCUAUCCACAAACAGAAGGAAACCUUGCCGAUACAAUGGCUAAAUUUUCGACUCAAUUGGGCGAUGAGAGUGUUCUUGGAAAGGCUCUUCUCGAUUCCUCGGAAGCCUACCGUCAGAUGGCUGAUAUCAAGUACCAGAUGGAGGAGUCAAUUCAACACAACUUUAUUACCCCGUUGAUGCAUCUGCAGACGAACGAGUUGAAAGAAGUGAAUCACCAUCGCACGAAGCUGAAGGGACGUCGUCUAGAUUAUGAUUGCAAGAAGCGGAAGGGGACGCGAGACGAGGAGCUGAUACAGGCCGAGGAAAAAUUGGAAGAAUCGAAGAAGCUUGCUGAGAUGGCGAUGCACAACGUUCUUACCAAUGACGUCGAACAAAUUUCACAACUGGCGGCACUGGUGCAGGCCCAGCUCGAGUUCCAUCAUCAGACCGCACAAGUGCUCGAAAACUUGCAGCAAGCCCUUGGACAGAGGAUAAACGAAGCCUCGAUGCGGCCAAGAAUGGAACAUUUCCCGAAACCCGUGCUCGUUGACCGAACGCCCAGGUCUAGGUCUCCUGUCGAUGCUCCACCCAGCUACGCGGCCUCCUCCUCACCGUCGCACACCGUCAACGGCGCCGGCCCACUUCCACCUAAACAGACCCCGCAGGCACAGACGAAGAGCCCCUCGGCGAAAGUGCUGUUCGACUUUGUUGCUGAGAACGAGGGCGAGCUCGAGCUGAAGGAGGGACAGAUGGUCGAACUCGUCUCCCAAAUCGACGAGAACUGGUUUGAAGGAAAAGUGAACGGAAAGGCCGGCCUGUUCCCGAUCAAUUAUGUCGAGGUGGUCGUCCCGCUGAAA